AUAAAGCAUGCUGUCUUGUCCAGUCACAACACAACGGAAAGGCAGAUGGAAUUGAACCCCUGUGAAAAUGGCUCUGUAAAAGCAGAAAUUAACCAUCAAGAACAAACCCUUACUAAAAGUCUGGAAUGUUUAAACCUGGAAACAAAUGAGGGGAGCAGUGAUGUUUCUGUUGAAGAUAACACAGCAGAGGAUUUGGCAGGCAUCAAGGAAGAUGGAGACAACAAGUCGCAAGCUGUAGAAAGCUGUGGUGCCCACAAGUUGCUGCAGUCAGAAAGAAAUUCUUUAAGUGGAUUGACUCUGUGUGAGGAAGACAGAAAUGACAAUGAUUCCCCUACCUUCUUCAGUGUCAUGAGCAAUAGGUUCAGUGAUAUUGAACUUCGGGAGGAGGAAGGCAUCCCAACAGAAGAGUUUCUGGAGUCAUGUUACGCAAUUGUGCCUGUUCUGGACAAGCUGGGACCAACUGUUUUUGCUCCUGUUAAAAUGGAUUUUGUAGGUAACAUCAAGAAAAUAAACCAGAAGUUUAUAACCAACAGAGAAGAGUUUGAUACCCUUCAGAAGAUAGUGCUCCAUGAAGUGAAUGCAGGUGUAGCACAAGUUAGAAACUCUGCUACGGAGGCUCUCCUGUGGCUGAAAAGAGGCUUAAAGUUCUUGAAAGGGUUUUUGACAGAAGUGAAGAAUGGGGAAAAGAAUAUUCAAACAGCUCUGAACAAUGCUUAUGGAAAGACAUUACGGCAGCAUCACGGUUGGGUUGUCCGUGGGGUCUUCGCCUUAGCUUUAAGGGCAGCUCCAACGUAUGAAGACUUUGUGGCAGCUCUGUCUGUAGAGGAGUGUGAUCCUCAUGAAGAAACAUUUUACAAAGGGAUGCAGAGGGACCUCAACAUUUACUUACCAGCCAUGGAAAAGCAGCUAAAUAUCUUGGACACUCUCUAUGAAGUACAUGGUUUGGAGUCAGAUGAGGUGGUAUGA